GCUGUGACACAAUUACAACAACUUUGUGCUGUUGCUGGCGAAGUUUGUGAUUGUAAGAAAUUCUCCUGUGCUCUCCAGCAACGCGAGCUUCCGCUGUUUCUGCAGUCCCUGCCUACCCCACGACAUGAUCCAGUAGUGCAGGUCUGCAGCCCCUGGAUCAUUUGCUUUUACGUUUGCUUGGAUUUCUCGUCACUGCAGCGGCGGCGACAACAAAGUUGGCGUCACUGUCUCAAGCAGUGAUUGCGUAAUUUCAGGCUGUGGUUUAGGUAGAGUAUCUACGUGAGAGUUGUAAAUUUGUUGCGUUUCCAUGAAAUCCUGCGGAGUUUCACUUGCUGCGGCUGCUGUUGCUUUCAGUGAUGAGGAAAAGAAAAUGGCGGCGGGAAAAGCGAGCGGCGAGAGAGAAGAGUGGUCCCCUAGUCUGACAGAGGAGGAGAGGGAGGCGCUUGAUAGAUUGGACAGCAGCCUUUUCGGAUUCGUGAGCCUUCACGAAGAUGGAGCCAGAACCAAGAUCCUUCUGGGCAAGGCUGUUCGCUGCUAUGAAUCUUUAAUCUUAAAAGCUGAAGGAAAAGUGGAGUCUGAUUUCUUUUGUCAGUUAGGUCAUUUCAACCUCUUAUUGGAAGAUUAUUCAAAAGCAUUAUCUGCCUAUCAGAGGUACUACAGUUUACAGGCUGACUACUGGAAGAAUGCUGCCUUUUUAUAUGGUCUUGGGUUGGUCUACUUUUAUUACAAUGCAUUUCAUUGGGCAAUUAAAGCAUUUCAAGAUGUACUUUAUGUUGACCCUAGCUUUUGUCGGGCAAAGGAAAUUCAUUUACGACUUGGGCUUAUGUUCAAAGUGAAUACAGAUUAUGAAUCUAGUUUAAAGCAUUUUCAGUUAGCUUUGAUUGACUGUAAUCCCUGUACUUUGUCCAGUGCUGAAAUUAAAUUUCAUAUUGCCCACCUAUAUGAAACUCAGAAAAAACAUCGAUCUGCAAAAGAAGCUUAUGAACAACUUUUACAGACAGAAAACCUUCCUGCACAAGUAAAAGCAACUGUGUUACAACAGUUAGGUUGGAUGCAUCAUAAUAUGGAUUUAGUAGGAGACAAAGCCACCCAGGAAAGCUGCGCUAUUCAGUAUCUCCAAAAGUCAUUAGAGGCAGAUCCUAAUUCUGGCCAAUCUUGGUAUUUCCUUGGAAGGUGUUAUUCAAGUAUUGGAAAAGUUCAGGAUGCCUUUGUAUCUUAUAGGCAAUCUAUUGACAAAUCAGAAGCAAGUGCAGAUACAUGGUGCUCAAUAGGUGUACUCUACCAGCAGCAAAAUCAGCCUAUGGAUGCUUUACAGGCAUAUAUUUGUGCUGUACAGUUGGACCAUGGGCAUGCAGCAGCAUGGAUGGACCUAGGCACUCUCUAUGAAUCAUGCAACCAAACUCAGGAUGCCAUUAAAUGCUACUUAAAUGCAACUAGGAGCAAAAGUUGUAGUAACACCUCUACACUUGCAGCAAGAAUUAAGUUUUUACAGGCUCAGUUGUGUAACCUUCCACAAGGUAGUCUACAGAAUAAAACUAAAUUACUUCCUAGUAUUGAGGAGGCAUGGAGCCUACCAAUCCCCGCAGAGCUUACCUCCAGGCAGGGUGCCUUGAACACAGCACAGCAGAAUGGUUCUGAUAACUGGAAUAGCAGUCAAGCUGUUUCCUAUCAUCCAAUACAUCAAGUUCAUUCAUGGUGUUUGACACCACAGAAAUUACAGCAUUUGGAACAGCUCCGUGCAAAUAGAAAUAAUUUAAAUCCAGCCCAAAAACUGAUACUGGAACAGUUGGAAAGUCAGUUUGUCUUCAUGCAGCAACAAAUGAGACAAAAAGGAGUUGCUCAGGUACAAACUACUGGAAUUCCUAAUGGGCCAAUAGCUGAUUCAUCACUGCCUACAAACUCUAUCUCUGGCCGGCAAACUCAUGCUGCUCUGACCAGAGUACCUAGUGUCUGUCAGACUGGAGUUCACUCUGCUUGUCUUGAAAAGCCUUUGUCCAAUGGACUCUUUUCUGCAGGCUAUAUUCAUUGUGGCACAUCAAAAACUCUAGGGAGUACACACACUAUCUUGAUAGGCAAUAAUUACAUAACAGAAAGUGGAAAUAAUGGAAAUGUGCCUUACCUGCAGCAAAACACACUUACUCUACCUCAUAACCACACAAACCUGACCAGCAGCACAGAAGAGCCAUGGAGAAAACAACUAUCUAACUCGGCUCAGGGGCUUCAUAAAGGUCAGAGUUCACAUUUGGCAAGACCUAUUAAUGAACAACCUCUGUUUCCCGCUGGGACUUCCCAGUAUCUCCCAGCAGCUAGGACUGGUACUCAAAAUCAGAAUGGACAUCGCACUCUGCCUAGUAAUUCAGUACCACAGAGGGAUGCUCUCAAUCACCUCUUCUGUCAUAUUGCUACCUCAGGUGGACAGCAAGGCAUUACCUCUACCAAAGAGAGCAAGCUUUCAAGAAAUAGAGCCUUGGUGUCUGAAACAAUCAGGCUUACUGGAGACACAUCUAAUGACUGUGGUGGUGUAGAAGGACUUUGUAAUCAUGUUCAUCAGUUGAUGGCAGAUACUGUUUCCAGUCCUAACCAUGGAAAUUCUGUGACACCAAAUCUAUUUAUUGCAGACAAUCCUCAGCUUUCUGCUUUGUUGAUUGGAAAAGCCAAUGGCAGUGUGGGUACUGGAUCCUGCAACAAAGUGAAUAAUAUUCAACCAUCUCUUCAUACAAAGAUGGAUAAUUCUAUUGCCUCUUCGCCCUCUUCAGCCAUUUCUACAGCAACACCUUCUCCAAAAUCCCUUGAGCAGACAAGUACAAACGGUGUUUCCAGCCUUAACAAUCUUCACAGUGGGUUACACAGAAUUAAUGGAGAAGGGCUAGAGAACUCACAGAACUGUACAAAAGAGGACUUGCCUUUAGUUAGCUGCAAAUCUACUCCUCCGUUCCUACCAUCAAUGUCUGUGUCCAUAUACCCCAGUUCAACAGAAGUUCUAAAGGCAUGCAGAAAUCUAGGUAAAAAUGGCUUGUCUAGUAGUCGGAUUUUGUUGGAUAAAUGUCCACCUCCAAGACCACCAACUUCACCAUACCCUCCCUUGCCAAAGGACAAGUUGAAUCCACCCACACCUAGUAUAUAUUUGGAAAAUAAACGUGAUGCUUUCUUUCCUCCAUUACAUCAAUUUUGUACAAAUCCAAAAAACCCAGUUACAGUAAUACGUGGUCUUGCUGGAGCUCUGAAGUUAGAUCUUGGACUUUUCUCUACCAAAACUUUGGUAGAAGCUAACAAUGAACAUAUGGUAGAAGUGAGGACACAGUUGUUACAACCAGCAGAUGAAAACUGGGAUCCCACUGGAACAAAGAAAAUCUGGCGUUGUGAAAGUAAUAGAUCUCAUACUACAAUUGCUAAAUAUGCACAAUACCAGGCCUCUUCCUUCCAGGAAUCAUUGAGAGAAGAAAAUGAGAGAAGAAUGCAGCAUAAAGACCAUUCAGAUAAUGAAUCCACAUCCUCAGAUAAUUCUGGAAGCAGAAGGAAAGGACCUUUUAAAACCAUAAAAUUUGGGACCAACAUUGACCUCUCUGAUAACACAAAGUGGAAGUUGCAGUUACAGGAGCUGACUAAACUUCCUGCUUUUGUGCGUGUUGUAUCAGCAGGAAAUCUUUUAAGCCAUGUUGGUCAUACAAUAUUGGGCAUGAAUACAGUUCAACUGUUUAUGAAAGUUCCAGGCAGUCGAACACCAGGUCAUCAAGAAAAUAACAACUUCUGUUCUGUUAACAUAAAUAUUGGUCCAGGUGAUUGUGAAUGGUUUGUUGUACCCGAAGAUUAUUGGGGUGUUCUGAAUGACUUUUGUGAAAAAAAUAAUUUGAAUUUUCUGAUGAGUUCUUGGUGGCCCAACCUUGAAGAUCUUUAUGAAGCAAAUGUUCCUGUAUACAGGUUUAUUCAGAGACCUGGAGAUUUGGUCUGGAUAAAUGCAGGCACUGUGCAUUGGGUUCAGGCUAUUGGCUGGUGUAACAGCAUUGCCUGGAAUGUUGGUCCCCUUACAGCCUGCCAGUAUAAACUGGCAGUGGAACGGUAUGAAUGGAACAAAUUGCAAAAUGUGAAGUCAGUAGUGCCCAUGGUUCACCUUUCCUGGAAUAUUGCACGAAAUAUCAAAGUCUCAGAUCCAAAGCUUUAUGAAAUGAUUAAGUAUUGUCUUUUAAAAGUUCUGAAGCAAUGUCAGACAUUGAAAGAAGCUCUUCUUGCAGCAGGAAAAGAAGUUGUAUGGCAUGGGCGGACAAAUGAAGAACCAGCUCAUUACUGUAGCAUUUGUGAGGUAGAGGUUUUUAAUCUGCUUUUUGUCACUAAUGAAAGCAACACUCAAAAGACUUACAUAGUACACUGCCAAGAUUGUGCACGAAAAACAAGUGGAAGUCUGGAAAAUUUUGUGGUGCUAGAACAGUACAAAAUGGAGGACCUGAUGCAAGUCUAUGACCAAUUUACCUUAGUAAGUGAAUUUAACAUGCUCCUUCAUUAUCAACCACCUCAUUUUGAUAUUGUUCAAAUGAACAUUAAGUGAAACCCUUUCUGCUCUUCAAGAAAUUUCUGCACCCCUGGUUUUGUAGCUGUCUCGUAAAACUGCUAACUAAAAGCUAUGUCUAUGCAAACUUCUGAAAGUGUCAAGAAAUUAGAGAGCACUGCCUCUACUUCAAAACUUAAAAAGCCGAUCCAACUGUACAUCAGAAAAAUGAUAGUAAUUGUAUGUGUUAUACAGGCUACUGAUUUGAAAACAGCCUUUUUUUAUAUUUCUUUAUUUCUGGGCUGAUGAAUUAAUUUUCAUCUGUAUUUUACUCCUUCUGAAAAUUCUGAAAUUCCUUCAGAAUUUUCAUAGGGGUAAAAAAACUGUCCUAGCUCGUCAUUUCGUUGUAAGAUAGUUAAGAAAUAUAAAUCUUUCUUUGAUCAACAUUAUUUUAAUGUGAAACCUUGAGAACGUUUUUUACUUCCUUAUGUUUUAAUUUGUUGUUUUGAGGACAUGAUGAUUACGCUUGUAGUUCCAAAAUAAAAUUAAAAAAAUCAUAGCCAAGAUUCAAAGAUAAAUGGAUUGUACACAGACUAAGGAAUAAACUUCAGAUUUGUGACUUUUAUUUCUAAUCUUGAUAUGGAUUUACAAUAUUUAUAAGUACAUAUUUAUUGCUUGAAAAAUAUUUGUGAAUGGGAUAUUGUUAUUUUUUCCAGACUUACUGCCAUUAAAUACUAAGGAGUUCUGUAAUUUUAAGCACUACUCCUAUUACAUUUCUAUGUGUAAAUAAAAUUGAAACUUUUAUUAAAAUUGUUUAAUGUUUAAAGGGGUUUCCACUGCUUGAGUUUUAAGAGGACAUUCUGUAAAGAACGAGUUUUGCUUAUAUCCAAAUCUAAUGAUACAUAUUUUGUGUGUACAUGCACACUUAUAUAUAGAAAUCUCAAUAUAUAAUUGUAUAAAGAUAAAUUUUAAUUUUUUACAUCUCUGAUAGUUUUUGAGGUGCCUACUGUAAAGUAUUAAUUACAAAAGUAUGUUUAUUUUUUGAAGUAAAUGUCUUUUAGUCUGAUUUAUUAAAUUGCAGUUACCGUAGUGAAAGCCAAUUAAUAAUUGCCAGCAAAAUGUAUAAUAGAAAACAGUGCAGUUUAGGUUUUAAAGGAAACAUGAUAUCUUGAUUAUCAUUUAGAAUUUUUUAUGGAAAAGAGAUUAGGAAUGAUGACCUAUUUUAGAAAAUAAAUAUAUUAAGUAACUUAUUUUUUAAAGCCAGAUGACUUGGAAAUUCUAUGCUUUCCUGCUUGUACAGCAUGGUUUGGGUCAAAGGGAGAGGAGAAUAUUAAAAUUCCAUACUACUAGUCAAUUUUAACAAGUUCUAUGAAAACUUUAUUUCAUAUGAACAACCUAACUUUUAAUGAACAAAUUAUCUCAUUUAACAUAAUACAUGGCUUUUCUACCUCUGUUUUCUGAAGCAUUCUCAUUUUAUUACAUUUUUCUAAGAGUUUUCCAGGGAGCUUUAGUGACGAUUCAAAGAGUGCUAUUAAGUUAUGUAAAUGUAAAAGAGAAUUUACAGUCUUAUCUGGUAAAUGUUUUAAUGAUUGCAUUAAUCAAGCACUUUUUUUCAAACUGCCUUGGAGUAGCUGGGGUACUAGAAAUAAUUUGAAGACAAAAGGCAAUGAAGGGGCCAACCGCAGUGGCUCAUGCCAGUAUCCUAGCCCUCUGGGAGGCCAAGGCAAGUGGGUUGCCUGAAUUCAGGUUCAAGACCAGCCUGAGCCAGAGUGAGACACCGUCUCUAAAAAAAAAAAAAAAUUAGCUGGGCAUUAUGGUGAAUACCUGUAGCACCAGCUACUCAGGAGUCUUAAGGCAAGAGAAUCGCUUGAGCCCAAGAGUUUGAGGUUGCUCUGAGCUGUGAUGCCAUGGCACUCUACUGAGGGCAACAAACUGAAACUGUCUCAAAAAAAAAAAAAAGGCAAUGAAGGUAUUUUUAUUAAAUUAAAUAAUAAAUGUUCAAUCUAGUAACAAUAAAUGUCACAUAUCUAAUCUCAGAAGGAAAUAAUUGCAAUUUUUAGUUAAAGAAGAAAAGCACUAAAUUAUUCUAGAUAUUUUAAAUACUAAUAUUUUUGUGAUUUUAUUAUAAAUUCUCUUAUUCAAAGAUCAUUGAGAAUAUAGUCAAAAAUUUUUUCUUCCUAACAAAAAUUAUAAAUCAACCCUUUGGAAAUAAACAUGAUGUAGAACACUAGAGCUGCACAUGAGUUUUUCUUAACAGUUCUGUUUUGUAUAAUUGACAUAACAUCUUAUGUAUCAACUCUUUAAGAUGGUUUAGUUCCAAGAUUAAUAUAAAUUGUAUUUACCUGAGCAUGAAAAUGAGGUUUUAUUUUUUUUUAACUAAAAGACAUAUUUGGAUUAUAUAUUGAGAAUAAUAAUUUUCUUCUUCUCCUCCUCCUCCUCCUCUUUUUCUC